CGCGCGCCCAAGGGGCGGAGCCUGCGCGCGCGUGCGCCGAGGCGGAGAGGGCUGGCGGGUGAGGCGAGGCGGUCCCUUCGAGCGCGGUAGUUUGUCCCGUGAAAGGAGCCGGGACGGUUGGGCGCUCUCGGCCGCCUCUUCCCCGGGAGAUGUCCUUUGCUUCUCAGAUGUAAUGCACUUUAAGUUUGUUAUUCAACAGUGAAAAUGAGUCAUACAGAGGUUAAAUUAAAAAUACCUUUUGGAAAUAAAUUACUAGAUGCUGUUUGUUUGGUACCUAACAAGAGCUUAACAUAUGGAAUAAUUCUUACACAUGGAGCGUCAGGAGAUAUGAACCUUCCUCAUUUGAUGUCACUGGCAUCCCAUCUUGCAUCUCAUGGUUUUUUUUGCCUGAGAUUUACCUGUAAAGGCCUUAAUAUUGUACAUAGAAUUAAGGCAUAUAAAUCAGUUUUGAAUUACCUAAAGACCUCAGGAGAGUACAAACUGGCAGGUGUUUUCCUUGGCGGUCGCUCAAUGGGCUCAAGAGCAGCUGCUUCUGUAAUGUGCCAUAUUGAGCCAGAUGAUGCUGAUGAUUUUGUUCGAGGUCUCAUUUGUAUUUCUUACCCACUGCACCAUCCAAAGCAGCAACAUAAACUUAGGGAUGAAGAUCUCUAUCGUAUAAAAGAUCCUGUGUUGUUUGUGUCAGGCUCAGCAGAUGAAAUGUGUGAAAAGAACUUGUUGGAGAAAGUGGCACAGAAAAUGCAAGCUCCCAAUAAAAUCCACUGGAUUGAGAAGGCAAAUCAUUCCAUGGCAGUGAAAGGACGGUCAACAAAUGAUGUUUUCAAAGAAAUAAAUACACAGAUUUUGUUUUGGAUCCAGGAAAUCACUGAAAUGGACAAGAAAUAAUUAUAUUUAGCUGAAAGCCCUGUUAUUUUGAAUACAAAUACAGUUCAUUUGAUAAAGAACAGCAUACCUCUCAGCAUUAUGAGAUAUUUCAAAUGAAUUUAAUGUUCUUUAAUGUUUCCCCCAUUUUUAAAACCUGUUUUAAUUGUGAAAUUAAUGUCCUUUAUAUAAUAUCUUUUAAAAGCACUGUUAUAGUUGUAUAAAGAUGAUGUACAAAUAUUGAAGGUGGUCUAAAUAUAAUUUAUUUUCAUUAAUAUAGUUAAGUUUUGAAAAAAAAUUAAACAUUUGAAUUUUGUUACAAGG